AUGGCCUUUGGCGCUCUUCUCUCGAGACCAACAACCCCCCCACCCGGGGAGACACUAGGCGGGGCUGCUGUUUAUUUCUUAAGAAAGGGCAGACCUUGCGCAUCUGAUGAACAUAGAAAGCGUUUAGAAGAGUAUAAUCCAGGCUUGUUAUCUCCGGAAAAGUUCCGUGAUCAAUUUCCUAGAAUUCUUAAGGAGGUCAACAAUCGGAUGGGGAUCCGGAUGGAUCCUGCUUCGAGCGAUAGCAAUGUUUUCAGCGAAGAUGUCUUGAAAGUCGAAAUAUGUGGUCCUGAUGAAGACUAUCUGACCCUCAUAGACGUACCAGGAAUAUUUCGUAAUCCAACUGAAGGAGUCACUACAAACUAUGACAUCAUCCUUGUUCAAAACAUGGUGAAGAAAUAUAUCAAAGAUAAUCGAACCAUCAUCCUCGCCGUUCUCCCCAGCAAUGUGGACCCCGCUACGCAGGAAAUUUUGACACUGGCUGAGGAUUAUGAUAAAGCAAGCGAGCGGACUCUGGGAGUUUUGACGAAGCCGGAUCUUGUUACCGAAGUCAGCGCACGCGCUGCAGUGUGCAAUGUGGUGUUGGGAAAGAAGAAACCGCUCGCGCUUGGAUAUUAUGUCGUUCGAAAUCGCGGCGCGGACGAUGACGAUAAGUUCGACCAGAUUGCUGUAGAACAGUUGUUCCGGGAAAAACCUUGGAGUGAUUUGCCGAAAGAUCGACUCGGUGUGCAGGCCUUGAAAUCAAGAUUGAGUGAGCUCCUAGGCCAAAUCACCCGCAGGGAAUUCCCGGGACUACGGAAGGACGUUCAAAGGCAGUUGACUGAUUGUCGGAGCGAAUUGAAUCAUCUCGGGCCAGCAUGUCAGACCGAGCAAGAACAACGUCUAUUUUUGAGCGCUUUGGGUCGUCAGUUUCAAGAACUGGUUCAGGCAGCCUUGAAUGCUCACUACCAUAGCCACAGCACAUUUGAGAGCACCAAUGAACUCAGACUUAUUAUGCAUUUUAACUCGGACUUUGAGGACAAGGCGCAGCUCCGUUACUUUGAAACCCAGUUUCAAAGCGGUGGAGAGAGAAAUGACAAUGACAGCGAGGAAGCAGAUUUCAUUCCUGAGCCCGACAUAAAUACGAAUCAAACCGGGGUCGAAGAUCCUGAUCUUGAAGACCCCGUUCUUGAAAAUAUUGUUAUCAAAGAUGAUGACUUCGACUACCCGCAAGACAACAUUAUGGAUUGGCUUGGGGGGCUUUAUUUACGGUCUCGUGGUGUAGAGUUGGGCACCUUUGGUGGCGCUAUACUCUCCAGCGCAUUCAAAGAGCAAUCUAGUAAGUGGGAGAAAAUGACGCAGGUAUAUGUAAGCAAAAUUAUAAUGGCCAUUCACCGGUUCAUGAUCACGACGGUGAAGAUGCUUUGUACCGACAUUCGAGUUCAACAAGAGAUAUGGUCUUCUAUUCUUGAAGAAGUUCUCGACAGGUACAGAGCAGCUAUGAAUCAAGUCAUGUUCCUCGUGUCCACUGAGCGGGACAAAAGACCAUAUACUUCAAAUCAUUAUUUUAAUGAAAAACUCCAGGUUUCACGUGGGAAUCGGAUCGCUGCAUCAUUGAAGGGAAAAGCUCGGAGGGAAGUCCAACCCAAGGGGGUAAUUACUUCAGACAACCUUUUGUCGAUCUUGAGUCUGUCAGACAAGCUACAACCACUAAAAGCAAUGUCGAACACGUCAAAGAGGAAAUACAUGACAUUCUUUGGUCUUACUACAAAGUGGCGCGGAAAAGAUUCAUCGAUAAUUCCUCUGGCUGUUUUCAGUCAGGAAUGGGCCAUAAGACUAGAGACGGAGCAGCUGGAAACCAUUGCUGGUGAGUCGCCAGCUACUAAGGAACGGCGAACCAUCCUGGCGAAAAAGAUCAACGAUUUGGAGAUCGCUAUCCGCAUUUUGAAGCCUUGA